AUGGCCACACUCUUGACGCUCCCGUCCGAACUCCUGCUGCUCAUUGCCUCCUUCGCUAGUCUCGAUGGCGCGUACCAAUUGCUCUGUACCUGCAAAAAGAUGAACAGAAUUCUAGGCGGGGAGCUAUGGAAACUCGAUGCCGUCCGUCAACAAUCUCGCGCAUUGCGUUGGGCCAUUGACAAUUCGUGUCUCAGUACUUUGCAAAAGGCCUGGGAACUAGGCUCCUCAUUCGACUUGGACCCGGAGGGUGAAGGCUUUUUGUCCUAUGCGGCGAGGCAUGGCUCAGAAGAAAUCAUUCACGCGAUUUGUCACUUCUCGGGAGACGAUCCUCGUAAGCCGCACGCGGACUUUUAG